AUGGUGAAUUCCCGUGGCAAAUUAGAAAUGGCAGUAGUAAAUGUCACUGUGGUCAUAGGAGCCAAAACACUCAGCAGCACCCACUUGGAGAGAAAGCAAGUGCAGAAGAUCAUUAUUCACAAAGACUACAAGCCACCCUCCCUUGACAGCGACCUCUGCUUGCUCCUGCUCGCCACGCCAGUAGAGUUCACCAGCUUAAAAAUGCCCAUCUGCCUGCAGGAGAAGGAGAGGGUCUGGGACAGGUGCUGGAUGGCAGAGUGGGUGCCGACUGCUGUGCACGGCCCACCCGAGAACGCCAACAUGCACCUGAAGAAGCUGCGGGUGAGCCAGAUCAGCCGGAGGGAGUGCAGCAAGUGGGUCCAGCAGCUCCCCAGGGCCACGCUCUGUGCCUGGCAGGAACAGGACACCAAUGGCAACAGCCAGGGGGACAGCGGGGUGCCCAUGGUCUGUGCUGACCACGGAUCCCAGAGGCUCUUCCAGGCGGGCGUCUUCAUCUGGGGCAAGAGCUCUGGCUCCAGGGGAAGGCCUGGCGUGUUUGUGUCUGUGGCUCAGUUCAUUCCAUGGAUCCAGGAGGAGACCCAGAAGGAGGGGCGAGUCUACUCCUUUGUAGGGGCCCCGGGAAGCUCCCUGGCUUGUGCUCCACAGUACCCCUUGGUGCUGGGCGUGGGGUGGCAGCUGCUGCUCACUGCCAUGCUCACCGGUGAUAAAUCGAGUCACUGGGCUUGA